ACAUUUGAAGGCGGGGUCACUCUCUGAGGCACUUUGACCUCGCCCACAGAGGCUUGCGUAGUUGCGAAGGAAGAGGUUGUGCCAGGCGAGGGAGCGGGAAGGGGAGUUUGAAAGAGACUUUUGGGUUUUCUUUACCCCCCCCAAAAAAAAACUUUACGUGCGUCUUAUUUGCCCCGGGGCCUUGCCUCCAGGACUCUCCGGCCGUUGCAGAUAGGGUCUCAGCUGGAAGAUGGAGGGUUGCACGGGGGCCUGGAGCUUGAGCGUGCUGCUGCUGCUGGCCGGUGCGGCCCUGUGCCAGCCCCCGGCGGGGGUGCAGCAACUGGGCGACACGAACUGGACCCUGAUCCUGAGCGGCGAGUGGAUGUUGCAAUUUCACGCCCCAUGGUGCCCGGCGUGUAAGCAAAUCCAGGCAGACUGGGAGGAUCUCGGGAAGUCUGGCGGGGAGCUCGGCAUCCAUGUUGGAAAGAUAGAUGUCACUCGGGAGCCAGGUUUGAGCGGCCGCUUCUUUGUCACCACUUUGCCAACCAUUUACCAUGCCAAAGAAGGCGUCUUUCGGAAAUAUCACGGAGCAAGGAUGCUGGAGGAUUUCCGGAGUUUCAUUAAGGAGAAGAAGUGGGAGGCUGUUGAGUCGAUUAGCGGGUGGAAAUCUCCGUCUUCUGUUGUAAUGUCUGGGAUGGCUGGUCUUUUCCGACUCUCUGUCUGGAUCAGGCAAAUACACGGUUACUUGACUGAAACACUGGGCAUCCCAGCGUGGGGUUCAUAUGUUAUCUUUGCGGUUGCCACACUAAUGGCAGGCCUCAUUCUCGGCCUGUUUCUGGUCCUAAUUGCUGACUGUAUAUGUCCACCCAAAAGGCAACAAAAGUAUGAGGUCACAGCAGAGAUGGUGGAAGCGGAAGAUAAGGACUCCGAGGAGCUGGAGAAGAGGGAACUGGAUCCCUCCGAAUGGGAACCGCACGGCUCAGGAGCUGAGGAUGAAGACAACCCUCUAGACGGCAAGCCUUCAGGAGACGAGUCGGCUUUUGAGGAAGAUCAGCCGCCGUCUGACAACGACACAGACGGGGGGCUCCGCAAACGAAUCAUCCAGGAAGAUUCCUAAGCUCUCCUUUUACAGGCACAUAUGUCACUAGCUCAGACUCCGACCAAAGAAUUGUGCUUCUGUGGACUUUCUGUCCCUAUUUUGUUUUGUCUUAGAUUUUGAAAUUUGGUUUGUUUGGAUUCACUUUUCUUUCCUCUUUGUGACAGAUUUAUUGGCUAUGACAAUCUUGAUCUAUUGUUAACUGAAUAUAAUGUGCAGGCUCUGCCUGUAACCUUUUUUCCAAAAAAAAAGACAGUGCUUUUUGUAGGUUAAUGAAUGUUUUCACAUUUUGUACUUUGUAUGAAAACAAGGCAGCGGUGCUCCACUCAGUUGCUAAAUCAGUUUCUGUGAGCAGAGGUUAUCUCUAAAGCAAAUAAUGCCGCCUGCUAACUUCAUACUAGAACCUUGGCCAAAAGGGGUAGUGCCCUGGUUGCGCGCGCGCGCUCUCUCUUUCUCUCUCCCCCCACUUCCCCCUCUCACUUCCUCCCACUCACUCCCUCCCACUCACUCCCUCUCUGUCCUGCUCGCUCUCUCUCGCUCUCUCGCUCCCUUUCUCUUUCUCGCUCUCUUUCUCGCUCCCUUUCUCUUUCUCGCUCCCUUUCUCUUUCUCGCUCCCUUUCUCUUUCUCGCUCCCUUUCUCUUUCUCGCUCCCUCUCUCGCUCUCUCGCUCACCCUCCCUCCCUCAUGUUUUGAAUCGGAGUUCUACCUUCAGAUAAAGGUUGGCAUGUUUUAACUUGCCAUUUCCAGCUAUAUACUCCAUUCAGGAGCACGGUAUCAAACACUUGCUGCAUCGGAUUCAAACAGUGGGAUUUACUAUCGAGGCGGUUGGCAGACGUUUUCCAAGAUGGCCUCAAAAGUGUCCUGAGGGGGAGUGAGUGUGCCCGCACUGAAGGAGGGCAGGAGUUGUCUGUCUGUGUCUUGGUGCUGGUUUUGAUAUUUAUGCAAGUGGAAAGGUCAAAAUCGCUAUCUACCGUGCCGAGUGAACACUUGGAUGGAGUUGUACUGAGUGACCUGCCACCACCACCCCCCCCCUCCUCCCACCACCAAACACAUGCACCUAAUCACUUGUUCCCUCUUACUCUGUGAACAUGGUUUGUCGGUGCCGGUGUUGGAAUGGGGUUUACACAGUCAGAAGUCAGUUGCCAUCAGGUUACGCUCCAACAGGGUUAUUUGAAAUCACAAGUUUACAGAGCGCUGCUCCCUCUCCUGCUGCACGUUCCGAAAGCUUGUGAUUUCAAAUAAACACAUUGGACUGGAAGACACAGUGAGGACUGCAGAUGCUGGAGAUCCGAGUCAGUAAUGUGAAGCUGGAAAAGCACAGCAGGUCAUACGGGGGGUCAGUCUUUCAGACCAAAACCCUUUUGUCAGGACUCGUUUGGUUUUCCUGCUCCUGUGAUCCUGUCUGGCCUGCUGAUCUCUUUCAGCUUCGCGUUGACUGAUGUUGGACUACAACCUAGUGUCAUGUGACUUCUGUCUUUUAACGUAAGGGUUAAUGCCUCGCCUUCGAAUAGCAGGAGAGAAAGUGGCUUGGAACACUGUUGUGCUCUCCUUACCAUAACAUGGCCGCUGAUCAAAACGCGUGGAUUACUGUCCAAAUCUUGUGCGUUCUUGGGGAAAAGCCUCUUUCUGGAAUUAUGCCAAUGAAUCACAACCCCCUUAACCCACCAUCCUUUGUAAACCUGCACAUGUUUUGUCUGCUGGUAUAAUGUUAUGGGACGGCUGGAUUUGACUCACACAGGGCCCUCGCACCCCAGCUCCAACCUGGGUUAAACACAAAUGGCUUCCUUUUAUACUCGAGGGAUCUGACUCUCCACAGAAAUGGACACCGGGCUUUUGAUUUCAGCAACGUUUAUCGAGAUGUCUUUUAAAAUACAGCAAUACACUGCAAAAUUAAGUUUUCCAGGACGAUUUGGGAAAAGUUGAAAAGAUUGUCAGUUGGGUAGGGGACAGAUUUAUAACUGUACAGUGUUUUGGGGGAUUAUAUUGGCACUACUGUUUUGAAACAGUUGACUUUUAUUUUGAUACUCUGAGCAAUAUAUUGACAAUUGCAUGGCCACAAUGAUACAUGCAUUUCUGUUAGAUUUAACAGAGGUUCUGCCAUUUGUACAUAACCGUUCAGUAUCCCCUGAUGAAAAAUUCGGGCCUGCAGUGCAGAAUUUUUCACUAUUUUUGUAAAGAAUAUUUUUUUUUGGAUUUGUAUAACUGCGGGGGUAUGGAAGAUUGUAUUUUAAAAUUUACCUUUUGUAUUUUAUGUGAAUGAUGUUGAAGGUGGAUCUCUCUACUUUGUAUGUAAGUUGAAUGCAGAAGUACCUGCCUAAUUUUGUAUUUAUUGCUUUGCCCGUAGUUUGGCCGGUCUUGUUUACAAUUUAGUGUGAGGCAUGCGAGAACUUCAUUGAAUUCUUACCGUGUGGAAACAUUUGGUCCAACAAGUCCACACCGAUCCUCCGAAGAAUAUCCCACCCGGACCCAUUCCCCUAUCUUUUCCGUCUACGUUCCCCUGGCUAGUGCACCUAACCCACACAUCCCCUGAACAAUAUUGGCAAUUUAGCACGCUCGAUCCACUCUAACCUGCACAGCUUUGGGCUGUGGGAAGAAUCCGGAGUACUCCCAUGCAGACACUGGGGAGAAUGUGCAAGCUCCGCACAGACAGUCACCGGAGGCGGGAGUUGAACCUGGGUCCCUGGCGCUGUGAGACAGCAGUGCUCACUACUUUGCCACCCUUAUGUCUGUCUACACCCGUGUGUCACGUUACGUUUUUAGUUUGAGAUUCUCGGCUGCAACACUUGCCUAUGAAACCGGUGGUUUGUUCUGAAAGGCUUUUGUAAGAUUCCCUUUCUUUGCACUGUGCAGUGUUAAUCCAAGGAGUUACUUGAAGCUCAGAGCAGCUCGCUGCUUCAGAAGGUUGCAGUGUCGGGCGAGACGGACAUGGUGUGCACCACGAUGUUAAAUUGCACAGGCAUCUUUCACUCGAGUUUUAGGUUCACUCAAUAGCUACACUCAUGAGAAGGCAGGAGGGAUGUGGCGUGAUGAGUUGUGUCCAGUUUUGUUGGGGGAGAGCGACCAUGCAAUUUUUACAACGCGAGUCUUUAUAGAUGUGUCAGUUUGUUAACAGAAGAUGCAAUAAAUGCAUGCCUUUUGUACCUU